CUUUCCAUGGUAGAAAUAAUCAAAAAAUCAUUUGAAUCGAGAACGAUUUUGGCACGUCUACAUCGCCAUAAAAUUUUUUCGCGUUUACUCGGAGAUUUCUAAAUCGCCACUUUAUCGUAUAAUUGAGUCCAAUGAAAGGCCGGAGUACAUUUGCAGUAAUUGUGUGCGUUUGCAUUUGUGUACAUAUUUGUGAAAGUGCGAGAGGAGCAGCCAGAGGUAAACUGACCAGAGGCAGAGGUCGUAUUUACAGCUCAAGUGUUCCUGUUAUUAUCCAACACAGAAAUCCGGCCGCCAAAAAUUAUUACGAAAACAAAGAUGGAGCAAGAAUAAUAAAAGCCAGUCAUUUUGAAUUGGAUUAUAUGUUAGGAAGAAAGAUUACGUUCUUCUGUAUGGCUUCAGGUUAUCCUAGACCAGAAAUUACCUGGUUCAAAGAUGGAAUUGAGCUACUGUAUCAUAAAUUUUUUCAGGUUCACGAAUGGCCAAUUGGAAAUGAUACUGUGAAAAGUAAAAUGGAAAUUGAUCCUACAACUCAAAAGGAUGCUGGGUAUUAUGAGUGCCAAGCAAACAACAAAUAUUCCAUUGAUUCUAGAGGAUUCAGAACGGAUUUUGUUAUGAUUACAUAUUAAUUAGAAUGUAUAAGUUUAAUUUUUUUAAAGUGUUUUUCAGAUAAUAUAAUAUAAAC